ACAGUGUCACUGUGUGCAACAAGCUCCAGUAGUCACGCUCUGGCUUUGAGCUCGAGGCUGACGGACGCGGCGAUCUUCUAUUUACUGAAAAGUUAUUAUGACGAGCACGAGUAAAACCACUUAAAAAGUAAAGGAAAAAGGAGAAAUAUCGCGUUUUUGAUUAGCUACAUCAGCAAAGGAUUACGGGACUUCACAUUUGAUUUUAGACAGAACAUCCGAUAAAACCUUGAACAGGAUGUUUCGCGUGUGGGAUAUCUCCUUAAUGCUAUGCUUCUCUCUGUCACUCAUGUUCUUCGGAGUUGAAGGCGAGUCAGAGCUCCCUCCACCCAGGAACCUGACCUUCAAAUGGGAAACACCUUUCACACUUCGUUUGACAUGGAAAAAGCCGAAGGAUCUGGAGCCAGAUUGCAGCGUGAACUACACGGUGAACGCUAUCCCUUCUCAGGACUGUUCUGAAAAAGCCAAAAACAUGUCAGCAACCAGGAGAGUCCAAAACACGACCUGCAAACUGAAUAUCUCCAAUGUAAACGGACUGUGCAUCAGUGUUACAGUGAACGCUGAAAACUGUGGAAACAAAAAACAAAGUCCACCUUUGGAAAUUAGCAUCCCUCCACCUCCAGUGAGGCUGGUGAAAAACAUGAGCUUCGAGUAUUCCCACGACAGGCUGAAGUGCACUUGGGAUUCUGAUGUUGAUGUCCCAGACCUUGGUUUUUAUUACUGGUUACCUCAGAAAGAAAUGGUAAAAAAGUGCAACGAGAUGAAGAUUGGAGAAUGCGUCAUCCACGAUACAUUUCUCAAGGACAUGACAGAAAUGUUCUACCUGUUCAAUGGCACUUAUAAGGGUCAACCUGUAAACAACACAUUCAGGCAUAACAGUUCAACAUAUUUUGUGAAACUAAAAAAACCUCAACUUAAAAUCCAGAUAAUUGGGCAGUCUCUCCAUUUUCAUACAAAUUUUACAGAUUCAGAGUUUGGAGCUCACUGCUACGAAAAAAACUACAUAUACAGCAAGUGCGAUGAGAUUAAACAAGUAAAGGUCCUAGAUAGUGAGUAUAAAGUGGACUAUGACUCAAGCUGCAAGUACAGAGCCAGAGUGCAGAUCAUCUUCUCAAGUGAUUGUGGAGGAGGGAAGAGUGACCUGAGUGACGAGGUGGAAUAUGGUGAGAACAGAGAUUCAAAUUUGCCUGCAUUGCUGGCUGGCAUUAUUAUCCCGCUCAUGCUUUCCUGUUUCCUGAUAGUUUCUCUCGUGCUGCUCAGAAGACAUAAAGACAUCAUAUUCCCAAAAAUCCCAGAGCCAACGCUUAUCUUUAAGGACAUGUUCAUCAACAACAUCAGAACGGCAGAGGACCUACGGAGUACUGCAGAUGGCAGACUGUAUAUCCCUAUUGAAGAAAUCGUAGAAAACAAGAUACGUCUCGAACCUGAGACACCACUUAUACCAACCAAGACAGAUAUGAUGUACAAGCAGCUAUGAAAAUUUCUGAUGACUGAAAAUAUCCGGUAAAUCAGGAUGGACUCUGGGUGCACUUAAAACUUACACUGUGUGGAAAAUGUCUAUGCUGUCUGUUUCAUCUGUUGAUAAAUAAUUCUCAUUUAAUUGAAUAAAUGAAUAACUCAGGCUCCAUAUACCUUUUUUCAAUGGACUUCAACCUCACUUAUUGCAGUUGCCAGUAAACUGCUCUUCCUCGCACGACAGUGGCUUGUUUUAACUGAAUGUAUUGUGAAGAUAAGAAAGACUUUCCUGGGGCAGUUUGGUUGGUUCUGAUUUACUGGUAUGUAAAGCUCACACUGUACCCACUCAGUGUAUCCAGAGGCCGACACACAUCAUAAGCAGCGAUCAUGCAGCUUAGUAGAGGAACACUCCAAAAAGAUUCAUGGAAUAUGGAAAUUGUGAACUUUGGUUUUCUUGCACAGCAUUACUGAACUUUCCAUGCUUGUUUAUACAGCCACACUUAUGGACUCGUGGGUUUUUUUUUGCACAAAGCUUACAAAACUAACUGUACUGCUACAAAUGGGUUUUGUAAAAAAAAGAGCUUUAAAGAAAUUAGGUUUUCUAUACACUGUGAAAUGUUACGUGUAUAAAAAUGUGGUUUACUGUAUUGCAGAAAGGAAAAUGUUUUUGACUUACUGUAUAUAUACCUGUAUGUUCACAACUUUGGCUGGUGGCUAAACAAAUGGAUAUAGACAAAAGAAUGGAUAUAGAAAGACACAUGGCAAAUAUUCAGACAUUCAAAAAAUAAAAAAUAUUUUAAAUAUAUGUUUUUAUAAAUUGUAUAUAAAAUGAUGUGUGUGUGUAUAUAAAAUUGUAUUUAUGUUCAUACUUUAUGUUUCAUGUGAAUAUUAAGUGAGCAAAGUAUUUUCCUGUAAUUAAAUUGUUUGCAUAACUAGG